UAUCCAAAAUGUGUAUUGAAAAAGGAAUACUUGGAACAAAUAGGAACAUAUGAUGUACUGAAAGACCAUUUAAUUAUAUACUGAUGUUCCAAUACAAAUGAGGAAUUCUUGUUACACAAUCAACAUCCUGUUUGAAGAAUAACAGAACUUUUUUUUUCAAAAGAGGAAAAAACUCUCCAGUGUAAAGGAAACUCACAGCAUUGCAGCUCAGUCAAGUUUGUAAUCGUAGAGGAAUUUGGCCAGGCGUCUUUAAAACAUACCCGUUUCCUUUUUUAGUGAGGCCCGCUUGGAACGUCUUAACUCGCCAUCAAAGGACAACUGACAGCAAUGGAAAAAGAUUUACUUAUUGGAGAUAAAAGCAUUGCAAAUUACGGAAGCGAUGAUCUCUCCCCAUGGAUUGCACAAGGUACACUGGGACAUUCUUCUCCCUUUGAAGAAGCCUCUGCACCCCCUUAUGAGCUGAUGGAAGAAACACCUGCAGACGAAAAGAAAAAUUCAGAAGAUUCUGGUUCACAUAGCCCACGCUCGGGUGAAGAACAGGAUGAAAUCCCUCCACAUCUAAGAGAUCUGAAUGUCCUCUCAGCUUCUGAGCAAGACAUGAAAGAAGCCUUUCUGAAGUAUGCAGCUCGCAAGUGUUGCUAUAGGACUGCUCCUGCAAAGCAUAUGAAAGUCCGGAAUCUCACUCCUCUCAACACGUACAGAUAUCGUCUGGAAACUUUUACUGAAACAAGAGAGACAUAUGUGGCCAGUGGGUUUUAUAAUGGUGGAUUUGUUGACUCUUCAGCUGUUGCACCACCACCUGCUCCAUGGGAUGUUAUAGUGGAUCCACCUCCUCUAUUUACAGACUGUGAAAUGCAUCUCCCAAUACCACACUCUUAUUCAGUAGAGAACUGCCCAAACUGCAAAGGACGUGGGGCAAUUAAGUGCCUAUCUUGUGAAGGCACUGGCAAGAAAAAAUGUUCGGCAUGCGGUGGGAGUGGAACCAAUACACUGGAAGACAACAGCAUCUGCUCGUGGUGUUCAGGGACAGGAGACAAUUGUUGCUUUAGUUGUCGUAGCAAUGGAUGGCUGAAGUGUUACCGUUGCAAUGGGACUGGUGUCUUGCUAUUUCAUACGGAACUUACAAUCACCUGGAAGAACAACAUCUUAGAACACAUUGCAGAUAAGGAAUCUGGUCUCCCAAUAUACCUUUUGCAAGAAGCAACAGGAGAAGAAAUACUUUGUGAUGAAAAUUUUGCGGUAUUUCCCAUUGUUGAUUUCCCAGAGUUAUCCAUUGAAGACUACUCAAGAGCAUGUAUUGAACAACAUCGAAUGCAGUUUUCCUUAGGAGGUGUUCAUCAUAUCCUGAAACAGAAACAAACCAUUGAAUUUGUGCCAAUUACAAAGGCUGAAUAUGAAUGGAAAGGAAAACUCUAUUCCUUCUAUGUUUUUGGCAAAGAGAAGAAAGUCUAUACCAAAGACUAUCCAGCAAAAUGCUGCUGUUCAGUCAUGUGACACAGAUCAACAAAUGUGGCAUUUCCCUACCAAGUGAUGCAUCCAAUUUCCAUUAUUUGUCCUUUACAACAUCUUACAGGAUUUCAAUGUGUUCAGAGAUUUUGUUCUCAGGAUGAUAUAUUAUUGAGAGAUCCUUCCACGGAAGUAUAUGGCUGGAACUGCUUUGUGAUAGUCUUCCAACAACUGUUUUUGGAUGCAAAUGGAGACAUUAUUAGUUACACUAUACCACAAACCACCCAAGUCAACUAUUUUGUUUUCUCUGUGCUGUACAUUAGAAUACACGAUUAUAACAAUUCCAUAAACAUCUUGUUGAAGGACAUGAUGUUGCACAAACCUCUGUAUUGAUUUAUUCCCCUCUUGGUUGAAGGUUGAAAUGGUUAAAAUACCAUUUCUUUUUGUGGAGAAAAUAUUUUCAAAUAACCUUGCAAAACAAUAAAGUAUUGAAAGAUGGAUUGAGACAUAUCAAGACA